AUGGCCGCUCUCUUUGGAUUAGGUGCUUCCGCUGAUAUUGAAAUUGCACUUCAAGGAGACGACCAGAGGAAACUCGUAGAGGUCAAGGUCGACAAGGACAAAAAGGCUAAAUAUCCCCUGUAUUUCGAUGGCGAAUCUGUCAUUGGAAAGGUCCAAGUACGUGUGCGUGAUGGCAAGAAGAUUGAACAUCAGGGAAUCAAAAUAGAGUUUGUGGGUCACAUCGAACUAUUUUAUGAUCGAGGAAACCACUACGAAUUCCUAUCCAUGGCUCAAGAAUUAGCUGCUCCCGGCGAGUUACGGCAAAGUGCUACUUUUGACUUUGAAUUCAAAAAUGUCGAAAAGCAAUAUGAAUCCUACUUUGGAAUCAAUGUCAAACUGAGGUAUCUGGUACGAGUGACUGUUGGACGUAGGAUUGGAAGUAUCGUUAAGGAAAAGGAUUUAUGGGUAUACUCGUAUCGUAUGCCACCAGAAUCAAACAAUUCAAUCAAAAUGGAAGUCGGAAUUGAAGACUGCUUGCAUAUCGAAUUCGAAUACAACAAGAACAAAUACCAUUUGCGAGACGUCAUUGUUGGUAAAAUCUAUUUUUUAUUGGUUCGCAUCAAAAUCAAACAUAUGGAGUUAUCCAUUAUAAGAAGAGAAACUACAGGAGCACCACCAAAUCAAUACAAUGAAAGUGAAACAAUAACAAAGUUUGAAAUCAUGGAUGGAGCCCCAGUUCGAGGAGAAACAAUACCAAUACGACUCUUUUUGAGUGGAUUUGAACUGACACCCACCUAUCGAGACGUCAACAAGAAAUUCUCGACACGAUACUAUCUCAAUCUCGUACUGGUGGAUGAAGAGAAUAGGCGAUACUUCAAACAACAGGAAAUCACUGUAUACCGAGUUAGAGCCGAAGAUGAAGCAGAUCAUGUUGACAACUCAGACAUUCAGCAAUCACUGCAUCAAAGUGUUGGAAUUUGA